GAACCUUGCGUGCAAGCCAUAAAUUUAAUGCAACAAAGGAUAUUAUUUAAAUUUCUAAUAAUUACGUAUUAUUUAAACUAUCAGUUUCUUUUUUUUUUAAACAAUUAAAAUUCCCUCUCAUUUUUUAAAAAUUUAAUCAGGUUUGACGAAAAAAAAAAAAAACUGACCUUGAUUACUAUAAAUUUUGAACAAAACGAACGAUUUACGAACAAAUACGAAGUAACACGACAAAACUACUAUUGAAAUCAUUAUCAUUAUUUCUGUUUAAUCAUUUAUAUCAGUGACAAAGAUAUUUUUAAUAAAUUUAUAUUAAAUAUUAUUUAAAAAUAAGGAGGACUUUUUAUUUCCCGUUAUAAUCUGGUGAUCGAGCAAUGUCAUUAGACAUAAAUAUGCAUACUGAAAAGUCUGAAUCAAGUCCAACUUACGGAGGAUGCGAAGGUCCUGAUGCCAUGUACGUAAAGCUGGUAAGCAGCGAUGGCCAUGAGUUUAUUAUAAAACGUGAGCAUGCUUUAACUAGUGGUACAAUAAAAGCUAUGCUAAGUGGACCCGGACAAUUUGCUGAAAAUGAAGCCAAUGAAGUUAAUUUCCGUGAAAUUCCGUCACAUGUAUUACAAAAAGUGUGCAUGUACUUUACCUACAAAGUACGUUACACAAACAGCAGUACAGAAAUUCCAGAAUUUCCAAUAGCUCCUGAAGUUGCUAUUGAACUUUUGAUGGCAGGAAAUUUCUUGGACUGUUAAUUAUAUUUAAAUGUUACACAUUAACUUGCUUGUAACACGAAUAGCAAUUUAUUUAAAUCUUUGGGCCUUACUACGAUGUAAACAAUUUACAUUUUUAUACCGCCAAUUGACAUUCGUGUUACUUAAUCUUAAUUCAAUUAUAUUUUUUUUCUGAUAGUGCAUACUUUUAUUUUAUUUAUAAUAAACAUAUUAAACAUACAGCUCAAUACAAAUAAGUUAAAUUAGUUAAUAUAGUCAUCGAUUAUAAUGGCAUUUUACAUUUAAUUAUUAAAUCAAUAAUAUUAUUAAUAAAACAUAAACAAUAAUUAUCAAAUAUGUAAGUUAGAUUUUACUAAUAAACCCAAUUUUU